CGAGGCUGGAGAGCGCUCCAGUUUCUGCACCCACGGGAUGGCCAGCGCAGAGCCAGUUAUACAUUGCCGAGCGCGUGGAAAUCCAUAAAUCCUGCAAAUCCCGGAGACUCUCCUGAAUGUCCUGAACGAUUACUGCGAAGCGGCUGGUGCGUGGUGAUUCUGCAGAAGAAGCUGGUGAAGGCAUUGAGAGAUCCUGCCAACGCCAAGUCACGAAUGAUAUAGCUCUUCCAAUGCGCUCAAUGCGAGUGCGAACAUCUUUGACGCACUUUCUGAGAUUGACUCCAAGUUCGCCAAAUUGCGGACAAAGAGUAUGACGGAUCAGCACCGAGGUGAAGAAGUGGUUCAGAAACUUGCGAAAGAGGAGAAACCCACGACGAUCGCAUCACCAAUGCCAACGCGAGGAUAAAGCAAGCUGGUCAGGUAUAUGAGAGAAAUCGAAGAAGAAUCCCCGUGAAGCCGCUGAGGAGCAUGCGCGGUAUAUGAAUCUCAUCAGUACUCUUGGACCCGAAAUAUCGCAAGAGAAAUACAACCACGCCUUUGAAGUCACCCAGAGACACACGAUUGCGACAUACUCGGUUGCUGCAUGUGCUUCCCGAGUCGCUGAUGCAGAAUGGCUGCGGACUUGCGAAGGAGUGCGGCGGUUUUCGCCCACGAUCGUCCGUUGGGGAAUGGCGUGCGUUAUGCGAGGGAGGCUGGACUGGGAGACACCCCCGGAUCUGAUAGACCCAUAUCCCGACGAUCUACUAGCCAACCCUGAACCGGAAAGUGUGACCAGAUGCGCAACGUCGAUCGCUCAGAGGCACCAGUUCCCAUCGGCCAUGGCUGAGCGGGGGCAGACUCCAUCCCCAAUCAUUCCGCGGCCGACACUCGCCCAUCUCCAGCACGCACCGCCUUCGUCAUUUGACCCGCCUCGACCGUUGGUUGAUCCGUAUUCCGGUUCGGUCAGGUCUCUUUCGGCGUUCCCCUCUCCUCCGACGCAUUUCCCUAUCCCACCUCGACAGCCGCAGUCUCAACAAGCGUCUACUUCUUCAUCGAGCUCUAAUGCCAAUUUCCCUGCUCCCAGCCCCGUGCUCGAGCUUGAACGACAAGCGGAAGAGCCGUUCUAUGCCUCCUUCGCCGAGUGACACAGAGGCCCAGGCAGCUGUCCAGACUCCGCCCGCUGCAGAUGCCAAGCUUGUUAGCGACCUGAAGCCCAUUCCUGAAGGCGCUGACGCUCCACAAAAUGUGGACAUCUCGACUACGCGACAGAUUGAAAUUCAGCGGCCCGUUCCUGUGCGAUCGCAGACUGCGCUGCCAAAUCUGGAGCGGAUAUCGUCGCCGGUUACAUCCGGAUCGGUCACCCCGAAAGCUUAUGCAACUGCCAGAGGAGACUACCUCCCUCCGGGAGACGAGCGUCAAGAUACACUGCGCUCACUCCCGGUUUGCAGAGAAGCGACACGGUCUCAGUUCGGGGAGCGCUGCUAACUCGAUCCGAAACCGAUAUACUACGACAUCCGGUGCGACUUCGCCACCCCCGAAGGAUAUGCCUCGCCUGCCGUUGAGCGUCAGCGAUCUGGCCACGCGCUAUCAGUCCGUCGAGUCUGCACCUGGGUCUCCGAAAUCGGCACUGCCCCCGACACCUACACGGCAAGCAGUCAGAUCACCAGGUCCAUCAUCCCGAGCUGCUGCCGAGGAGGAAGCCAUGCGCCGAAGGACUCAGUUGGAGCGCGAGUUUGCGGCAAAAGAAAGGGAGAUUGCCCUCAAGGCGCAGGAGCUAGAAAUGGAACGGGCCCAGCUGCGCAAUCUGCAGCCCAGAGAGCGUAGAGAAAGCGAGUCCAGUGUGUCGAGUCCCAAACUGCGGCCGCGUGAACGAAAGACGUCGUUCAGGAACUCACCUCUACCUCGGCCACAUUCGCAAAUGGAAACCCGCCAGCCAUCAGGCCAACUUGGCGCAGGGCACGCCCAUUCCUACAGCACGACCCAUCUUGUUCCGCCUGUGGGCCCCCAGUCGCCGUCAUCGCCCCGCUCGUCGACCUCUUCGGCAGACGGUGGGAUCAACGGACACGCCCCCUCGUGUGGGUGCGAAAAGUGUUCGAUCGUGCACUACAAGUCCCCGUCAGGACGGACGGUGUCACCUUACGACUUGCGCCCGCCCGAGAAACCGUUCGCUCUCCGGCCUGAAAAGCCCAAGGGCUGGAUCCGACGCCUGAGCAUGCCGGUGACCGCGUUUACCUCUGACAAGAAAAAUGUGGUUUCGUCUCCGAAGAUGUAUUCCCUCGAUGCAAGCAAGCGCAGCAGUGCCACUGCUCUGAGGGGGGUGGACGAGCUCGGAAUCUCCCGACGUAGCUACGAUGCUAGUGCCAUUAGCAACCGGAGCGUCACGAGUUUGGUAGGGGGGCUUCGACGGUGAGGACGACUGUAUUGAAGUAAUGCUGCCAUCUAUAAUAUCUUACUGUAAACGUACACACUCUCGCUCACGAAUAUCAUGAUCGUUUUAUGCCCAUUGUCACGCCGUGACCCUGUCUUUACACCCUGUAUUGAAUAUCACGGACGGCAUAAUCUAUUCAUUUUGAACACCCAUAUUGAUCUCGUUGGGCGCCUCUGAAAUCGAUUAGAGCUUCUUUGACGCCCCUGGCUGUUAAACACACACGCCCGUGUCAAAGUGGGACGACUUUGUUGGGCCUGCAUCUGGACCGUCAUGGGCAAGUUCACGGAACCUAUCAACGGUAACGCCACUGCCGGGCAAUCCGACGAUGCCCUCCAAGACCAGACGAUCGUACAAACGCGCGGGUAUCAGCAAGAGAUGCUUGAAGAGAGUCUCAGACGCAAUGUGAUCAUCGCGCUGGGAACGGGGGCAGGGAAGACACACAUCGCCGUGCUCAGGAUGAAGAUCGCGAUCGAACGCGAACCCAAGAAGGUUGCAUGGUUCAUGGCUCCAACGGUUGCGUUGUGUGAACAGCAAUACCGUGUCAUUCGAGAAUGCAUCCCCGCGCCAGUAGCCUAUGUGACCGGUUCGAAUGAACCCGAGCAGUGGAAAGACGCUCAACUCUGGGAGUCCAUCAUCAGCACGCAUAGAGUCGUGGGCGAGAUAUCUCUCCUAGUCUUCGAUGAGGCGCAUCAUGCAGUAUCCCAGCAUCCGUAUAACCAGAUCAUGGGCACGUUCUAUGCUAAUUGUCUCGAGGCCACUAAACCAACGGUUAUGGGGCUGACUGCGAGCCCGAUUUACGGCGGGAACGUCGCGCAAUCGCUGAGGGCGAUCGAGCACAACCUGCGCAGUACCGUCUGCGCUCCUCGCGAAAACAAAGAAGAGCUGGCGCGUCACGUUUAUCGACCAGUCUUCAAGCAUGUGCUAUACCACUACGUGCCGGACAACUUUUCGACAAAUCUGGCCGCGUUUGAUACGGUUUACGACGCGAUGGACAUUGAGAAUGAUCCCUAUCGGACUGAUCAGCAACUGUCGAAGGCCAAGUCGAAGAAAAAGACCUUCGCGCACGACAACAUGAAAGAUAUUUCGACUAUCGGCGCAGCUUUAUGCCAGGAUAUCGGGCCAUGGGCUGCCGACUGGUAUGUUUUCCAGGCGGUGGACCAGGCCCUGGGGACGGUCGCCACUCCGUUCGGCGGUGGAUACAACAAGGACAAGCAAUAUCUUCUUGAUCUCCUCAACCAGGUUGUUCUGUCCCCUGUUUCUUAUGGCGACAUUGACAUUCUCGAAGAAUCGUCCGAAAAAGUACGGGCGCUAGUCGACUGCUUGCUGGCUGAGAAAGCCGAAGCCGAGUCGCACAAUCAGGUGUUCAGCGGCCUGAUCUUUGUUGAGCGCAGAGAAGCUGUGCUGGCCCUGGCGGAACUGCUUUCACAUCAUCCGGCGACGCGGGAUCUGUUCCAAGUGGGGUGUCUCGUCGGAGGCUCGGACACGACAUACCACAAUCUCGUCGUUGACAUCACCAAGCCGCUCAGCAAAGCGCAGUCGGCGACACUGUCUCAUUUCCGUGCGGGGACCAAGAAUCUGAUCAUCUCGACAUCGGUCGCUGAGGAGGGAAUCGACAUCCAGGCUUGUGGGUGUGUGAUCCGAUGGGAUCCCCCACGGAAUAUGGCGAGCUGGGCGCAGAGCCGUGGCCGGGCGAGGCGCGAGCGGAGCACAUUCACGUUGAUGUUUGCAGAGGACGGGACCGACCGUGCUUCUGUGAGAGAAUGGGAGAUCCUUGAGCAAGAGAUGAUAGCCCAAUAUGACGAUCCGUCGAGACAAGCUGGACGUGUUGCCGCAGUAAGCAAUGACGACGACGACGACGACGACGAGAUGCUGGAGUUCAGGAUUGAGAGCACUGGUGCUGUGCUCGAUUUGAACUCAGCGAUACCCCAUCUGAACUACUUUUGUGCGGUGAUACCCAAUGCUAGUCACGCAGACUUCAAGCCCAUAUACGACCUGGAUCCGCCAGAAUUCCCUGAAGGCUGGCACUCGUUUGCAAAGCAUUCCACCUCCACCGCGAUCGAAUCUUACCCCGGCCCAUUUGGCGCCCACCUUACGCUUCCCAGACUCCUCCCUGCCCAUCUCAGAGAGUUCGACACUCCGCGGAUCCACAGUUCCAAGCUGUCCGCCUACCGUCACGUGGCAUUCCAGGCAUACCGGACCCUGUACGAAAACGGGCUGCUGAACGACUCGCUGCUGCCGUUGACCAGUGUCGUGGAGCCAGAGUUGGAGGACGAGGUCAAGGAGAUCCUGAAGGAAGUCGAGCGCCGUGCUGGCUUCGCCAAAGUCUCGGUCCAGAUGAACCCAUGGACAGGGGACGAUCCCCAAGUCUGGCACGCCGCGGCUUUGACAAUCGAGGGACUGAACCCGAUCCUACUUUUAACGCACACGAAAGCGGUUGAAAUCGCCGCCGAUGAGGCAAUUCAACUACACCGAUCUGGUCGCACGGACUACGUGACCAUCGAGCCCCUCGAGUUCCAAGUGACGCCUGCGAUCAUUGCCCGGGCCCGUGAUUACACGCGCCGGCUGUUCUGGUCGUUCAGUGCCUCGCGCAUGGACUGGAACGACCUCGAUUUCUGCUACCUCUUUCUUCCGGACGAAUAUGACGAGGACGAGUUCAUAUGGAACGAUCGCCGUUGGUGGCAAGCGCAGCAGCUGGCAUCCGGUGCAGUCACCGCAGACCCCGGGCCGUUCCUGGCGAAUGCCCUCUCGUUUGGCCAGUUCUACUCGUACCCAUCAGAUUUGGCGCUGGUCCGCGACGGACCGAAGCUGGCGAAGAUGUUCCAGUUCGUGCGGUGGCGGUUCGCCGAUGAUCCGCUUUCUGCCGAGGAGGAACUGGAAAUGCGCGCCUCGCUGGAAAAACGAUUUGGGAUCGAGGAUGUCCCGCAGAUCACAUAUCCGCUGCUCGAAGUGCAGGCUCUGCUGCCCCGGACCAACUUCCUGACGCCGUCCCAAGGAUCAGGGACACCCCGGCAAACGAUGCAUCUGCUCCCGCGACUGUCUUAUGUGAUGCUGUGUUCCAGGACAGAAACUGAAUAUUCGCUGCUGUUGCCGUGCAUCUUGCGCUCGUUGGAUCUCACACUGACUGUAGAAUCGAUCAAAGAGACACUCUUUUCGGGCACGCGAAUUGCGGGGGUGCCUCGGAAUCUGCUGACGGAAGCACUGUGUGCACCGACUGCCCAAGAACAGGUCAAUUAUCAGCGCAUGGAAACAUUGGGUGACACGGUGCUCAAAUUCAUGGCCUCGAUCCAGCUUCUUGCCGAGUAUCCAUUGUGGCACGAAGGAUAUCUCACCAGAAAAUGGGGCAUUCAGUAUCAAAUGUUCGAUUGGCCAAAGCGAAUCUGCAGCACGAGCUGUUCAAGUGGAUCAUCCGAGGUCAUCACUUAUCGACUGCUGGGCAGAAAGUGGAAGCCUCGCUAUUUCUCAACGGACGUCGCCCAGAUGGAUGUGCAGGACACCCCUGUCAUGAAAAAUGGUCCGCCAGCGAGGAAAAAGAAGGAGAAGAAGAACAGCGGCGAGCUUUCUACCAAAGGCAAGUGGCUGCUGGCAGACUGUAUCGAGUCGCUGAUCGGCGCAGUGUAUCUGCACGGUGGUUUCGACUACGCGCUGGAAUGUGCGAGCUUUUUCGACCUGAACAUCAAAUGGGAGCCAUUGCCGCAACGCAUCGAGACUCUGCUGAGUCGGGUCGAGACCGCAACCGAGCUUCCCAAACAAGUGGACUAUGUGGAGCAGAUGCUGGGAUACACCUUUGAACGCAAGCUGCUGGUCGUGGAGGCCCUGACGCACGCGAGCUAUCAGCAGGACCUGCGCACCGUAUCGUACGAACGCCUCGAGUUUUGCGGAGACGCCGUGCUCGACAUGAUUGUGGGCGAGUACUUGUUCCGAGCAGAGGGCAAAAACUACUCUCCCGGGCACAUGUUCCUACGCAAAUCGGCGAUGGUCAACGCACACAUCCUCGCCUUCAUCUGCCUGGGCACCCAUCUCGAAGUGACCAGCGCCAUGCCGCAUUUGUCUGGCUCGCGCUCCGAUCGCAGGACUGCCCGCACUCUGACGAUGCAGCAACACUCGCGCUCGGUCUAUCUCUAUCAGUGCCUGCUGCACACGAACCCGAAAAUCAUGGACGACCAGCAGGCGGCCUUUGUCCGCUUCCAGCAGCAUCGGGCCGAGAUCGAGGAGGCGUUGGCGAGCAACGACGUGGGCGCGCCUUUCCCGUGGACGGCGCUGUUCCGGAUGCAGGCGCCCAAGUUCCUGAGCGACAUGAUCGAGAGUCUCGUCGGCGCAGUUUUCCUCGACUCGCAGGGGGAUCUGGACGUCGUGCGCGGGGUCUUGCGCAAACUCGGGCACCUGCAGAUCCUCGAGCACGUCGUCGAGCGGGACAUGGAUGUCCAGCAUCCCGUUUCGCGGCUGGCGAUGUGGGCGAGCAAGAAAGCCAAGAAUGUCGCGUACGAGUUCUUGACCGAGAAGGGCCAGAUCAGCUGUGCGGUGUCCAUCGACGGCGCGGUCAUCGAAGAGACGCGCGCCACCGACAACUACAAAGGAAGAUCUACCAAAGACGAAGUCAGACUGGUCGCCGCGGACAGAGCCGUCAAGUUUUUCCGGCUGCGGCUGGCGAACGACUCGGCGAAAGCAGAUUCCAAAAAGAGGAAGCAUACAGACUCGAUGUUCUAA